UGGUUGCUGCUUGCGUCUCAAAUCUGACGUCACUGCGCGCAGUAUCGCGUAAUUCGCAUCGGUUUGUAUCUGUUCGUAUUUGUUUGGAGUAAAAAAAUAGCUGUAUAAUAUAAAGUGUAUUAUCGUAAAUUAUAAAGCUUUAACAUGGGUUGUGAUGGUGGUACUAUUCCUCGCAGAGACGAGCUUGUUAGAGUAAAGAAAAAACCGGAACAGAAAGAUAAGGAAGCAGAAUUGGCUUUCAGAUGGAAACAUUGCACAAUAAGUCAAUUGCCAUUACAACCUCCAAUUGUCAGUUGCAGCUGGGGUUAUUUGUACAGCAAGGAAUCUGUAUUGGAGGGACUUUUGGAUCGCAGUACUCUUCCAGAAUCUGCUGUACAUAUUAAGAAUUUGAAAGAUGUGAGAAAUCUGAAUUUGACACCAAAUCCAGCAUUUGAUGGUAACAAGGCUGAAAAGGGCGAUGGUUACACAGAUGGGAGCAAGAGUCCGUAUAUUUGUCCAGUUAUUGGUUUAGAAAUGAAUGGAAAAUAUAAAUUUUGCUUUUUAUGGUCAUGCGGUUGUGUAAUGAGUGAACGUGCUCUGAAAGAAGUAAAAAGUACGUCCUGUCACAAAUGUCAGCAACCUUUUGAAGAAAUGGAUAUAGUUAUAUUAAAUGCGGAAGAUGAUGAUCUGGAACUCAUGAAAGAGCGUGCGGUGCUUAGAAAAACAAGUCAAAAAAAAUCAAAGAAAAAAAAAUUAAAUGAUAUAUCGUCGGAAGAGAAGAAGACAAAUGAAUCGUUAAAAAAGAAAAUAAAGAAGGAAGACAAAGUUCUCCAGUUAAAUGACAAUCAAAACGAAGCUCAUGAUCCCGCUUACAAAAAAGCUAAAAGCGAUUAUAGUGUCGCAAAAGAUCCUAAAGCAUCUGAAGUUUUCAAAAGCAUUUUUACUACACACAAAUCUGCUGCAGACCAAGAUAGAGCCCACUGGGUUACUUACAAUCCGUUUUAUAAUUAAAGUAUAUCGAUUAGAAAUAUAAGAGAUUAGAACUAGAAGCUAUUCCACUAAAACAACAAUAGAAAAUGGAAAAGCAAUUAUAAAACUUCAUUAUAAAACUAAAAAAUAAAUUAAAUAUCAAAAAUAAUUUAGAAAUUGUAA